AUGGCUGAAAACAAGAUAGCGAAGCCGGCAGGAAUGCCAAUCGAUGAGCUUGAACAUCAACUAGCUCAGGCCUUGUAUGAUUUGGAGAAUAAUGUUACAGACUUUAAAAAAGACCUGAGGCCAUUGCAAUUCAAAGAGGCUAAAGAAUAUGAGAUUGGUGGAGGCAAGAAAGCGAUUGUUAUGAAAGUCCCUGUUCCAAAGUUAAAGUUAUUCCAAAGAGUUCAGCAACGGCUCACCCGUGAAUUAGAGAAGAAGUUUUCGGAUCGCCAUGUCGUAUUUAUUGGAGACCGUCGAAUCUUGCGCAAGCCAGGUCGUAAAUCCCGUGUUAAGCAGGCACGUCCUCGAAGUCGCACAUUGACAGCUGUACAUGAGAAGUGGUUGGAAGAUCUCGUACAUCCAACUGAGAUUGUGGGUCAGAGAACACUUGUGAGAGCUGAUGGAAGCAGAUUGAUCAAAGUGUUCCUGGAUAACAAGGACUCUACGUCUCUCGAGUAUAAACUCGACACGUUUUCGGCUGUUUAUCGGAAGAUGACAGGAAAAGAUGUCUUAUUUGAUUUCCGUCAAAGUCAGCUCGAAUAA